UAGAACUUCUGAAAGCCUACCGAACCGCGCAUUCACGAGUCCUUUCGAUCGAGCCGUUUGAAGCAGCCUUACGAGAGAAUACCCCGUUAACGUCCAUCAGCGAGCCGAAACCCUUCACGGAGUACUUGAAUCAGAUUUCUUUGAAGGGAGAUAUGGUUACGGAGGAGCUCAAGCGAAUCACGACAGAGAGAGACGACUUCAAGAAGAAAUUGGAGGAAGCUCAGAAAUCUACUAAGAACGAAAACGCACCGUCGAAGGAAGGAGAGAAUGGCGAUUCUACGAAAGAUGCGGAUGCUACGAAAGAGGGCGAGACCGAAGAAUUCUUUUCCUUCGAUAACGAAAUUCCACGCAUCGAGUCCGAGCUGAAGGAGAAACAGGAGGAGGUUGAAACACUCAAAUCGCAGACGGAGAACCUCAAACGUGACCUUUCUAUUGCGCGCGAGUCUACCGAAGGCAUGGUACAGAACUUGGAAACUGCGACUCGCGAUUUGGGAGAAUUGCGCGAGGCCAAGGACAAGCAGGAUACCGAGGUUGAAGAACUCAAGAAGUCCAAAAAGGAGGAAAUUGACGCCCUGAAGGAUAAACUUGCAAGCUCGGAGACUGCGAUGAAGAAGGCCAACGCCGAAGUCGAAAAACUCAAGACCGACUUGACCCAGAAGACGGAGGAAAUAGAGAAGCUUCGUACGCAAGCCUCCACGUCCGAGGGCAACGAUGAACAGUCGAAAGAACUCAACUCCAAGCUUGAGGAAGCCAAGAAGGAAAAGCAGGGUCAUGAGAAGCGACUGGGUGUCUUGCAAGGUCUGGUGGACAAGCUUCAAUCCCAGCUCAAGGAAACCGAAGCUUCCGUUUCGAGUCUCAAGACCGACACCAGUGAGAAGACGGAAGAGUUGAACAAGCUCCAAAAUCUCAUUAGCUUCCUUGAUGGUAACUUGACGGACAACGCCAAAUGGCAGUCGACCAAGGACAAGAUCUCGAAGGGUCAAGAGGCGGACUUUGAGGAACUCCGAAAGAGCUUGGCACCGGAACCUGAAACCGCCCCAGAGGCCCCAGGGCCAGAGACCCAGGCUACCCAAUCAGCUGCGUCUGCCCCCAGCACCGGUGGUGGAAAGAAGAAGAACAACAAAAAGAAGAAGAAGGGCGGUAAAGCCGGAGAGGAACCUAAACCAGCACCAGCCGCCGCGGCUCCAGCGCCCGAGGAGACCAAAUCAUCCAAAUCCGACUCUGGCGAAACCUCUAAGAAGCUCAACGAACUGGAGGCGAGGAUCGAAUCUCUCACGCGUGAACUGGGAGAAAAGGAAGCGGCCAUCGAUCGUCUCAGCAACAAGCUCAAGGGUGAGGAAGACCUGAAAGAGGAGAUCGAAUCACUACGCGACGAUCUGCUCAACAUCGGCCAGGAGCACGUUGAAUCAAAAGAUAAGAUUAAGGAGCUUUCAGCAGAGAAGACAGCAUUGGAGGGGACUAUUUCUAAGCUGGAGAAGGAGCUGGCUGAAGUGCGCACAAGCACUGCCUCCCAAUCAGCAGACUCUGAGAAGGCGCACAAGGGCCUGAAGGAAGAAUUCGAGACCUUGAAAUCGAGAUCUGCAACGCUCGAAAUUGACCUCUCUGCGGCACAGCAGUUGGCUGCUACCCGAUUCAAGGAUAUGACAGACUUACGGGAAACUCUUCAAAAACUGCAACCGGAAUUGAGGAACUUGCGAUCCGAGUCAUCUGAACUCAAGUCUACGCAGGAUACUCUUUCGCGCAAAUCGGCUGACUUGAAGUCUCUGGAAAGCAAGCAUGAUGGUUUGCGUGCGGAUGUGAAGAACCUCAAGUCGACGAUAUCCGACAGAGAUUCUGAGAUUAAGACGCUUAAUCAAAAGAUCCGACAGGAGACUGAUAGUCGUUUGAAGGCCGAAGAGGGAUUGUCGGUUGCUCAGUCAGACUUGAGGUACUCCGAAAGCAAGAAGCAGGAAGCGUUUGAGACGCGGGAGAAGAUGUCAGCAGAGCUCUCCAAGGCCCAAGAUCAACUAAAAUCAGCCCGAACCAAGCUCCGAGACGUCGAGGGUCAAGCCGCCCAACUGGGCAAAGAACUCAACAGUCUGAAGGAGGAGAUCGAACUGAAGACCGCCCAACAAUCCAGCGCCCAAAGUCUGAUGAACAGCAUGCGCGACCAAGGUGCGGAAAUGGGCAUGCAGAUGAAGGAGGCCCGGGAGCGCUGCGAAAGCCUGGAAGAAGAAUUAGCUGAUGCUCACCGACUCCUGAGCGAGCGCACCCGCGAAGGCGAGACGAUGCGCCGCUUGCUGAACGAUAUUGAAAGCCGCGCCGAGGGCAAGGUCCGCGACUUCAAGGAGCGAAUGGAAGCAGCCAUUGAGGAGCGAGACCGCGCUGAGGAGGAUGCAAGCACACAAGGUCGCCGCCGGGCCCGAGAACUAGAAGAUCUCAAGGGCAAGGUCCGCGAAGCCGAAAAGUCCCUGCGCACUGCCGAAAACGACAAGGAAGAACUGGAGCACUCCCAGAAAGACUACAGACGUCGUCGUGAUGAACUCGAAGGCCAAUGGGAACGAUCGACAAGUGAAUUGAACGAGAUGCGUCAGGCCAUGACACGCCUGCGCGAUUCCCUCGACGAGAGCGAGAAGCAGGUCCGCGAUUUGGAGAAGGAGAAAGCUGAACUGCGUCGGUCAGUCGAGGAGACGAACAGCCGGCUGGAAAAGCUACGUAAAUCCAACCGGGCUCUUGUAGACGAGGCGCGUCUGGGACAAGGGCCGCGGUCGUCGCGAUCUUCAAUGGACUCGGGUUCAAGAAGGCCGUCUGCGACGCCUGUCUCUAGUGAUCGUAGCCCGUCUGUUCGGAGGACUGAGACUCCUGGUCCGAAUAUCGACUACAUCUAUUUGAAGAACGUGCUUCUGCAGUUCUUGGAGCAAAGGGAUAAGAAUUACCAGAAACAAUUGAUCCCGGUUCUGGCGAUGCUGCUCCAUUUCGAUCGGUGAGUCUCCCAUUUAAUGCAACUACAGUAGAUUAGAAACAGUGGAAGCUAACUAUAACAGGACUGAUGAGCAACGAUGGAUGUCCGCGAUUUCGUCCAAAUGAGCUGUUUAUGGUUAUUGAUGUCAUGUAACUUUAAUGCUGUGCUGCCCUUCUGUAUAUUUUACCGUGCCCAUGGAAGCGUUCUUGGUUAUAUCAGUGGUUCAUCGUGUCUCGGAACCGGCGUAACAGAUUCUGUAGGAAGUUCUUUGAAAUAGAUGUACAUCGCUCGAUAGUCUCACG